UUAAGUUAAACUUUCAUGAAAAUUUAUUUCAAUAAUUAAAUAAAUGACUUUGCCAUUUUUCCUGGAAAUGCCUACUAUGCUCGGUACUGUACACACAUUUAACGAUAAAUACUACGGUUGUCAAACUUCUUUUGUUUCAAUUAUGCCGAUGUAAAUCAAUAACCCGAUUAUUUUGUAUUUAAAGUCAUGAAUUUGGCAUGUUGAGAGCAAAAUUUGUCGUUCCUGUCAUUCGUGAAAUUCAUACCGAUAUUUCGAAAUUUUCCUCGCGUAACAGUGGAUGUGAUAGCAAAGUAUCACGCAAAAAGGCACAAUCGGCAGUAUUAUCGAAGUGUAAAGAAUAUGCCGAUAAACUUGCUCAGUGUCCAAAACCAGCUGGUUCAUGUGCGCGUUGUAAAUGGCAGUUUUCGGAUUCUACACCAGAAUGUGAGGUGACAAGCGUUGUCGAUAAUUACGGAAAGGUCCAGCAAAAUUUGACGAAUCAGGCAAAAUCAAUUCUAGCUGACUUUCAAAAAGAAUCAUCAUCCAUACUGAGAAAUCUUAAGAAAAACAUAGAAAUAUCCAAAAAUAAUGAAGAAAAACGAUUAGAUGAAUUCUCUCGUGACAUCAAAAAGAGAAUUCAGAAAUUAUUGGUUCUCGAUCCACCGUUCGGUUCUUGCAAACGAAAGUCAGCAAUGCUUCUCCAUCAUCAAACUCGACAAGCUUUUAACAAUUUACAAUGCGACGUUUUACCACGAAUUAAUCGAAUACAAUAUAUUAUCGAUAAUUUAGAACGUGAUAUGCUAAUUUCCAUCGAACGUGCCAAGUCUUUGGCACUUUCCUGUCGAAAGUGCAAAAGUUCCGAGGCAUUGGAGAAAUGCAUCGAGGAGAAUGGAAAGUAUGCAGAAAAAAUUCUGGAGAAAACGUCGGAGGGUGUGCGGUUUGGUUUAAACAAAAUCGAUAAGGUUCAACGCGAAAUUCUGGAUUAUCAUAAAGCGACGAUGUUAGAUCUCAUGAAAGCUUAUCAUAAAAAGAACAAGGCGUUAUUGGAACAUUUGGAUAAUUGUAUUUUUGAAGCCACAAAUAAAAGAAAACGAUAAGAAUUUGA